AUGACUGUCCCUUCAGCGACCGAUAGAGCCAAAUUCGAAACUACGAAGCGUCUUCUUGCUCAGAUCAUCAACGAAGGCCUUGCGAGCGCCACCGUGGAAGAGAGCGUCGUUGAGCCCACGCAGCAACGGCAACGGCAAUUGUGUAUUCAAAACAGCAGUAACAAUGCCGACUCUGAAUGGGUGAAAGUGAAUUUGAAACUAAAUGCGUUUGUUGACGUGGAUCAUGAUGGCAAAGUCAGGUCCCUUGUGUUGCCUGAGAGCUUAGAACCACCGGUGAUAACAAAGAGGCUGAAGCAAGGAGGCGUGAAAGAGGUGUUGAGUCCUGACGAGAUAUUUCGGUUUGUGAUCCCCUGGUUCGUCGGCGCCGUUGGAGAUACGGUGUCUAUAGAUCAGAUUGCAUCGCAAUUCAGGAAUUCCGCCGAGCAUCAAGAGGCACCACUGAAGCCAAUAAAUGGCGUUGAUCUGCCUAGCAUGUUAAUGCCUGAUCUCGCAUUUGUUUCAGUCCCACGAGCUGACAUGCAGGUGGUUGGUCCCUUUGAACAAACCAUUGAGCCAUUGCUUAAGACGCUCGAGGUCGUCGACGAGACAAUAUCGACAGCAGCAGCCGCUGAUAAUGAGAGAAUCAUUGUCCCCUGUUUUGCCCGGCAACUACCAGCUAUCUUUCUUCAUUUUCCCAAUGCAGUUUUCACCAAGUCUGUCGAGAAGUGCGCAGAUGCCCAGGCUUCAAUGCGAACAGUCACGGUCCAUCCCGACCUGAAAUUUGACUACCAUCUUAAGCUCUCUCUUGGAUGUCAGCUCACCUCUGGCCUCAGGCUCAUCGGGCCCUGGGUGGCCAGCGCUGGCCCGAUAUUCUCGGAAUUGCUUGACAAGCUACUCCCUCCAGAUCUCUGGCUCUAUAAGGAAAUUGCAUCCGCCACAGGUGCCCAGGCCGAAUAUAUAAAAGGGGGCCAGCUAUCUUGCAUCCUCAGAGAAGACCUGGAACCACGAGCGAGGUCAAACAACCAGGCUCUGAUCAUGUCAGGAGCGCUGGCUCAGCGGCCCCUGUACCGUGAUAACCGCUCAUACGCCGAGAUAUUGUUUGCUCUUGAGACAGAAGAGGAGAAAAAGUCCUGGUUUGCGCGGUAUCUUGCCUGUGCAUUCAAGAUUAUACUCACUCCGCUAGUUCGUCAUGGGAUUGGGAUGGAAGCCCAUAGCCAGAACCUGGUGGCUCGCGUAUGUCUUCGAACCAAGCAAGUUAUAGGAUUUGCGAUCCGUGAUUUUGGAGGAGUCAAACUGCAUAUGCCAACUCUGGAGAGUCAAGGGUUUGGAAUCGACCCAUCACGGCUGGCUAGGGAUGGCACGGCAAUGACGGAUAAACUAGAAGAUGUUUGGAGUAAAGUGCACCAUGCUCUUCUUCAAAACCAUAUCGGAAAUCUAAUUAGUGCAAUGGGCUUGGAUACGAACGGUGUGGGAUGGGAGAUUGUUCGAGAGGAAUUGGCAACAUCUUUACUCAACGACGAACACUCUGGCACCGCCGGGAGGGAAAUAUACGAAUAUUUCAUGAGGGAAACAAUGCCAUUCAAAUGCUUCCUAAAAAUGAAGAUGGAAGGGAAGUAUCGCGAUUGUAUCGACAGGGACCUCCCUAAUGUUGUGCUGUCUAAAUAG